AUGGCGGUUCCCGGCGCGGCUCCGUCGCGGCUGGCGCUGGCCCUGGCCGCCUUGGCAGCGCUGGCCGCCGUGAAGUAUUACCGAGACGCCGAGGCCGCCCGGCAGCAGGAGGUGGCGCUGAAGUCUUUGGGCAGUGAGGGGCUGUUUCUCUUUUCUUCUCUGGACACCAACAACGAUCUGUACCUCAGCCCAGAAGAGUUCAAGCCGAUAGCUGAGAAGCUGACAGGAAUUACUCCAGUCUCAGACUUUGAAGAGGAUGUGCCUGAUCCAAAUGGGGAGACGUUGUCCAUUGUGGCUAAAUUCCAGCCUUUGGUCAUGGAAACGAUGACGAAGAGCAAAGAUGGUUUCUUGGGAAUCUCUCACGUCGCUCUUUCUGGGCUGAGGAAUUGGACUGCUCCUGCGUCCCUUAGGAGUGUGAUGCUUGCCAGACAGUUUAAAGCCUUUCUUCCUCCGAAGAAUAAACUGGAUCUUGGUGAUCCGUGGUGGAUAAUUCCUAGCGAAUUGAACAUCUUCACUGGAUAUCUUUCCAACAACAGGUUUUACCCUCCACCUCCCAAAGGCAAAGAGAUCAUCAUCCACAGGCUUCUGAGCAUGUUCCACCCGCGCCCCUUCGUCAAAACCCGCUUUGCUCCCCAAGGAUCCGUGGCCUGUAUCCAAGCCAUCAGCACCUACUACUACACCAUAGCAUUCAGGAUCCAUGCUGAGUUCCAGCUCAACGAGCCACCAGACUUCCCCUUCUGGUUUUCCCCAGGCCAGUUCACAGGUUACAUUGUCCUCUCCAAGGAUUCUUCCCAUGUGCGAGAGUUUAAGCUCUUCGUCCCUAACAAGAGGUCUCUGAAUGUUGAUAUGGAGUGGCUGUAUGGAGCGAGUGAAGGCAGCAACAUGGAAGUGGAUAUAGGUUACCUGCCUCAGAUGGAGCUGGAAUCCACGGGGCCCUCAAUCCCCUCUGUGAUCUAUGAUGAGAAUGGAAAUGUGAUUGACAGCAGGGAUCCCUCAGGGGAGCCUAUUCAGUUUGUGUUUGAAGAGAUAACCUGGCAGCAGGAAAUCUCCUGGGAAGAGGCAGCCCAGAAGCUGGAGGUGGCCAUGUAUCCAUUUAAGAAGGUCUCCUAUCUUCCCUUCACAGAAGCUUUUGAGAGAGCAAAAGCAGAAAAGAAGCUGGUGCACUCAAUCCUGCUGUGGGGUGCCCUGGAUGACCAGUCCUGCUGAGGUUCGGGGCGAACUCUCCGGGAGACUGUCCUGGAAAGUUCGCCCAUCCUCGCCCUGCUGAAUGAGAGCUUCAUUAGCAGCUGGUCACUUGUAAAGGAGCUGGAAGAGCUGCAGACAAACAGGGAGAACGAGUUCUACAGCAAGCUGGCUGACCUGCACCUUGAAAAAUACAACUUCCCUGUGGAGAUGAUCAUCUGCCUUCCCAAUGGCACGGUGAUUCACCACAUCAAUGCCAACUACUUCCUGGAUAUUACUUCUAUGAAGCCUGAAGAUGUUGAAAGUAGUAUCUUUAGUUUCUCAUCCAAUUUUGAUGACCCUUCUACUGCAACUUACCUCCAGUUUCUUAAGGAAGGACUGCAAAGAGCAAAAGCUUAUUUGCAGAACUAAAACCAAAGGCACCCGAAUGCCUCAUGGAGUUGGCCAAACACUUCAGACAUCCAUUUCGAUUGCAGCAGUUCUUCCUCAUCUUUGUGCCAUGCACUGAUGUUAAGAUGCAGACAAUUCCAGAACGGGGGCUUUUCCAUGGAUGAUCUGGAGAUGUUGGUUCAAGGCUAAACUUUCAAGUGAUACCAGUUUAUGUCAUCUGCCCUUCUGAGUUCAGGCAAGUUUUUACAGGAGUGAAAAGACUUGGAUCUAUAAACAUUCUUUGUGCAUACGUCUUGCCACCCACCCCCAUACUCUUCCUCCUCCUGCUCAGACUCUGGGAUGAAACUCUUUCUACAGCCAUACCAAGCAUCACCAGGAAACAUCUGAUCUCAAGGACUGUGUGUUGAGUUACAGAGAACAGCACUGCUGUGAUGACUGAACAAUCAUGAUGCACAUCCGUGCUGUGUGGGCGAGUGCACAGAAUCCAGUGCAGACAGCAAGCUCUUCCCUGGGCAGCUGGUGUGUGCCGAGCUUCCUGCCAGCAGCACUGAGCUGUAGGCUGCUCUGUGGCGUGGAUCCCAGUUCUUUGUGACAGCAUUCUUGACAGCAGUGGCAACCUGUGUGUAAAGGACUGUAGUUGAUAAUGUGUAGGCGUGGAAGUAGGAAGAUGUAGCUUGAUCUCUGAAGUAGCCUCCUCCCAGCUUCCUGGGAUGGUUAUCCUGAGCGACGUGGUGCAAGAGCUGUAUCACUCACAGUCUUUGCAGCUGAUGGAGAUGGUGAGGUUGAUGUGGUGCAACUAGGAGUGGAGAAUGGGGCAUUGGAGGUGUGGUGCAGCUCGGAGAUGUCAGGUAUGGGUUAACUUGGGGAAUAAGGGCCAGAGCCUCUGGCAGUGAGCUCCACCUGUCCUAGGGUGUGCCUACAGGCGAUGGGAGCUGUACUGAACUGUGCCCCCAUCCUAUUCAGACCAAAGCUACUCCCACCCCACCUGUUUUGAGAGCUUUGUUCUCCCAGUGUGUCGGCAGCAGUGACAAAAUACUCAGUGCAUGUUUGCUCUGAUUUCUCAAGUCAUACUGAAUAAUGAACCGUGAUAAAGUUACCUUUAGGAAGGGGAGGUUCAGCCUUAUCCUGAGAGUUUUGGAUGGUUUAGAAUGGACCAGUUUUAAAGAAACUGCCUCCUUCCAGGGAGAGAACUGUUCGGACAGAGCGCCAAUUGCUCUUGUCUACAAACAUCCUGAGCAGUUGUU